UGUGAACUCCAUUUGACUGCUUAGUGGUUUGUUGGUAUUUACUUACUUGCUUUCAUUCACAUUUGGGUAACUUUUAAUCUGGUUUUUUUUUUUUCAUAAUGAAAAUGAAGGUCUUUCUGUGUAUUGAUUUGUUAGCGGUGUUUAUAAUCAUUUUUCUAUGUGGUUUUUCUCUGGGUAAGGAGUGUACCAAUAUUCCUACUCAGCUCUCAUCACAUAGUUUUCGAUAUGAGCUUUUAUCUUCCCACAAUGAAACACGGAAGGAAGAGAUGUUCUCAUACUACCACUUGAUACCAACCGAUGAUUCUGCGUGGAUGAAUUUGCUUCCAAGAAAGAUACUGAGGGAAGAAGAUGAAAAUGAAUGGGCAAUGAUGUACAGGAAAAUGAAAAAUCCAAAUGGUUUUGAGGCCUCUGGAGGCUUUCUUAAGGAAGUGUCAUUGCAUGAUGUGAGGUUGGAUCCAACUUCACAACAUGGACGGGCACAGCAAACAAAUUUGGAGUACCUAUUGAUGUUAGACUCAGAUAGUUUACUUUGGAGCUUUCGGAAGACAGCAGGUUUACCAACAAUUGGGACACCAUAUAAGGGGUGGGAGGAGCCGACUGGUGAACUUCGAGGUCAUUUUGUAGGGCAUUACUUGAGUGCAUCAGCACUAAUGUGGGCUAGCACUCACAACAAUACCCUCAGAGAUAAAAUGUCUGCAAUAGUGGACAAUCUAUAUCUUUGUCAGAAGAAAAUUGGCAGUGGAUAUCUUUCUGCUUUUCCAUCUGAGCAAUUUGAUCGAUUUGAAGCUAUUAAGCCUGUCUGGGCUCCUUAUUACACCAUUCACAAGAUCUUGGCAGGCCUAUUGGAUCAAUAUACAUUGGGUGAAAAUACUCAAGCUUUAAAAAUGGUGACAUGGAUGGUCGAUUACUUUUACAACCGUGUUCAGAAUGUAAUAUCAAAGUACAGCGUAGAAAGACAUUAUCUGUCACUUAAUGAAGAAACCGGUGGCAUGAAUGAUGUUCUUUAUAAGUUAUAUGUUAUCACAAAUGAUACGAAGCAUUUAUUGUUGGCUCAUCUUUUUGACAAACCAUGCUUUUUAGGAUUGCUGGCAGUGCAGGCUGACGACAUAUCUGGUUUUCACGCCAACACGCAUAUCCCAAUUGUUAUUGGUUCUCAAAUGCGAUAUGAAGUCACUGGUGAUCCACUUUAUAAGGAAAUGGGGAUUUUCUUUAUGAACAUUGUUAACUCUUCCCACAGCUAUGCAACAGGAGGGACAUCAGUCAGUGAGUUCUGGUCAGACCCUAAAAGAUUGGCAGGCACUCUACAAACAGAGAAUGAGGAGUCGUGCACAACUUAUAACAUGUUGAAGGUCUCUCGCCACCUGUUUAAAUGGACCAAAGAAACAGCAUAUGCGGAUUAUUAUGAACGAGCUCUGACAAAUGGUGUGCUAGGCAUCCAAAGAGGGACACAGCCUGGAGUCAUGAUUUACAUGCUCCCACUAGGUCGUGGAAAUUCCAAGGCCAGAAGCUACCAUGGUUGGGGAAAACCAUUUGAGUCGUUCUGGUGCUGCUAUGGCACUGGAAUUGAAUCAUUCUCAAAGUUAGCAGAUUCCAUAUAUUUUGAAGAGGGAGGAGAAGUUCCUGGUCUUUACAUUAUCCAGUAUAUAUCAAGCUUGCUUGAUUGGAAAUCUGGACAAAUUGUGCUUAAUCAGACAGUUGAUCAAGUCAAUUCAUGGGAUCCUUACCUUAGAGUCACAUUGACAUUUUCUUCAAAGGAGGGGACAGGCAAAUCAUCUACCUUGAACUUGCGAAUGCCUAUUUGGACUGCUUCAAAUGGUGCAAAGGCAGCAUUGAAUGGUCAAAGUCUGAGUGUACCAGCUCCAGGUAGUUUCCUAUCUGUCACAAGCAAAUGGAGUUCUGGUGACACUUUGACCCUUCAGCUACCCAUUAGUCUAAGAACAGAGGCUAUUCAAGAUGAUCGGCCUGAGUAUGCUUCAAUUCAAGCAAUUCUUUAUGGUCCAUAUCUGCUUGCGGCUCAUACCAGCGGUAACUGGGACAUUAAAACUGGCUCAGCUAAAACCAUUGCCGACUGGAUAACUCCAAUCCCUUCUUCAUACAAUAAUUUUUUGGUUUCCUUCUCCCAAGAAUAUGGAAACUCAAAAUUUGUAAUAGCUGUCACAAACCAAUCAAUUGCAUUGGACGUCUUUCCUGAAACUGGCACUGACACUUCUGCUCAUGCCACUUUCAGACUCAUUUCAAAUGACUUGUCCACAAAGCUCUCUACGGUGAAUGAUGCUAUUGGCAAAUCAGUCAUUCUAGAACUGUUUAAUCUUCCAGGAAAGGUUUUAGUGCAGCAAGGGAAAGACAAUAAUCUUGGGAUAGCAGAUAUGUCCAGUAGUAAGGACUCUUCAGUUUUCCAUUUGGUUCCAGGUUUGGAUGGAAAGAACACAGUAUCCUUAGAGUCAGAAAGCUUCAAAGGUUGCUUUGUGUACAGUGAAAAAAUUGAGGCACUGGCAGGCUUGAAGCUCGUCUGCAGUCCAGAGUCAUCGGAUGCUGGAUUCAACCAGGCAGCCAGCUUUGUAAAGAGUAAUGGAAUAAGCCAGCAUCAUCCUAUCAGCUUUGAGGCUAAAGGAGCAACAAGGAGCUUUCUUCUAGCACCAUUGUCAAGCUUCCAUGAUGAAUCUUACACUGCUUAUCUCAACAUUACAGCCUGAUAAGUAGGGACAGGAUUGUGGAAACCGGAAUGAAUCUAUUCGAUAUCAAACUAUUUAUGAUAGUUUUUAUUUUUCUCACAGUGGCAGCCGUUACUUCAAAUCCCUUAAUUGCUUUUGCAGAUAGGGAUCUUAUUUAGAAAUCCCAGAGUAGUGUUCAUCUUGUAUAUUCAUCUUCUACGUGAUUUCUGAGGUUCCUGUUAUUAGUAUCCAUGCUAAUAUGCUACAAAGAAAGAAUUGCUGUAGCUACAUCGAAGAUGAUUUAACAGCAGUUUGCUUCUGCAUGAGGAUAUUCAGAAUUUGAAAUAUGAAAAGAUUAUAGCAUUGCUGGGAAGUUUCUAGUGCCUUUUGGGUUUAUGGUAUACAUAUAGACUUGUUCAAUGUCUUCAACCAUGGGGAUUAUAGUUUGGUUGUGCAAUUUGCUUCAAGCUCUAGUCGCUCAUAAACUCUUGGCA